UCCUCGUGUUGUAGUCGAGAGGGAGAAGCACGUUGGCUCUCAGAGAUCUCGGAGAAGACCCUGAAAAAUCUCAGCCACGAUGAGUGACAACGAGGACAACGAUGAGAUGAUGAUGGAGGAGUUUGAGCCUGAUCAGGACGAGAUGGAGGAAGAAAAUCAGAACGUUCACAAGCAAGAAGGAGAGAAAUACGAGUGUGAUCUUUCGGCAUACACCCUCUUUCACGAGGGAAGUACAGGGGCACCUUGUCUCAGCUUUGACAUCCUACGAGACAAGCUAGGAGAUAAUCGCGACUGUGAAACACCUGUGUCAUGUUAUUUUGUUGCUGGAACACAAGCAGCGCGCACUCAUGUGAACAACAUUAUCGUCAUGAAGAUGGGCAACCUGAAGAAAAUAAGUGAAGGAGAUGAGGAUGAGGAUGAUGAGGAUGAAGAGGAGGAUGAAGAUGGAGACCCAGUCAUUUCUUCAGCCAUGGUGAAACAUAAUGGCUGUGUCAACAGAAUAAGGUCAACAGUGAUCAACAAUGUCAGCAUUGCUGCUUCCUGGUCUGAACUUGGUGUUGUUCACCUUUGGGACCUGAGUCAAAUGUUGGGGGCUGUUGAUGAAAAUAGCCAGCAACAUGUCCUGGAAGAGGCACCAAUCUUUUCCUUCAGAGGACACCGUACUGAAGGUUUUGCUGUGGAUUGGGCACCAUCUAUGCCAGGGACUCUUGCAACAGGUGACUGUGACAGAAAUAUCCAUAUUUGGAAACCAGCAGAAGGAGCAUCUUGGUCGGUGGAUUCGCGUCCAUACACUGCCCACCAAGCAUCAGUAGAGGACAUUCAGUGGUCUCCAAAUGAACCACAUGUGUUUGCCUCUUGUUCUGUAGACAGAAGUAUCAGAAUAUGGGACUGCAGAGCAAACCCAAGCAAAGCUUGUAUGAUUUCAGUGGCAAAUGCACAUGAAAGUGAUGUCAAUGUUAUUCACUGGAACAGAAAUGAACCUUUCAUAGUGUCUGGAGGAGAUGAUGGCAAAGUUCAAGUAUGGGAUCUAAGACAAAUACAGAACUCCAGUCCUGUGGCAGUUUUGAAACACCAUGAAGCUCCAGUGACAACAGUGGAGUGGCAUCCAUCUGAUGCCUCAGUCCUGGCCACAGGAGGAGAAGACCACCAGAUCUUGCAGUGGGACCUGGCUGUAGAGCGAGACACCGAUGAACAAAAUCAGGAUGAAGAGUCGGAUGUUCCAGAACAGCUCCUCUUCAUUCACAGAGGACAACAUGAAGUGAAAGAGCUACAUUGGCAUCCACAGGUUCCUGGCUUAAUAAUAUCCACAGCUCAUUCAGGAUUCAAUAUAUUCAAGACUAUUAGUUGCUAAUUAACUGGUCAUAUGUGAGGAUUAUUAAUGUGUGUAAACUGUAAUGAGCGCAAAGGAAUUUACUGAGCUAUUUAGAACUGUGUGUCAUGUCAUAUCUGCCAGUUCAGCAAGUUCUUCAAAGUUGUGUGAGAAAACAUUCUAAGUAGAUACCAGAAAUAUGUUGUAAAUAAUGCUCUCUCAUAGGGGGAUUAGUGUUUACUCUUCGUGGCAGUGCAUUAUUAAUUGUGUGGAACAUAAAACAUAAGGCAACAGGUAUUAAUGAAUAAGGCAUAAGUUCAAAAGUUUGUCUAUUCAUUGCGUACUGAGUUACAUUCUCCAGAGAAAUAGUGAUGUAUCUGCAUGCUUUGAAAGGACUUGAAUUGUAUAUUAAGAAGAGACUGUUAGGGAGAUCUGAAACAUGCUAUUUAAAUAAUAUUUAGCUAUUUAAAAUGAAGACUUAAAAAGAAUGUUACAAAAAUAUUUAUACUUGUCUGUAAUAUUUUCAUACAGAUACAGAAAAGAUAUAUCAGUAUUGUAAAAUUGAUACUUUCAUACAGAUAAAUUAAAGAUAAAAAAGUAUUGUAACAUCAAUCAUUUUUCUCUUGAAGGUAGAUGUGUGCUGUCAUCUAUUGUCAUGUUUAAACAGUUUUUGGAAACAGUGACGUUUGACUGUGUUUAUUUGUUGAAAAUUCUUUAUAUGUUAAGGAUGUUGAUUGUCUAUACAUUGCUAAUAAACACACUUAUAUGUUAUUUACAACAGAAUUGUAUUGUUUUAGUAUACUUUGCUAUACUACUGUAUAGGCUGUGUUAAGCCAAAAAUCAUUCUUUAUUUUUUUCCAAUUAUAUAUAUAAAAGAC